AAGCUAUUUAAAUCUCCCUCUCUCUCUCAUCUUUAAUCUUAAUUAAUCCACAUUUUGAUUUGAAGCAAGCACCUUAAGCAAUGCCAACUAAAGAAAAACAUAACAAAGAAACAACCUCUCUUUCACUCUCACCAUCUUUCCAUUUCCAUCCAUAAAGUUCCCUAGCAAUCUUCUGGAAACAAGAACAACAAGAAGAAGAUCUCAAAUUCACUUCACUUCACUUUGUGAAUUCAUUCACCAACAGAAACUAGAAACAGAGACUAACAACAGUUCAAUACAAUUCAACUGUGUGUGUGUGAUGGGUGGAGUAACUUCAUCCAUGGCUGCCAAAUUCGCCUUCUUCCCACCAAACCCACCAUCCUACAAGCUCAUCACUGAUGAACUCACUGAGCUUCUUCUCAUCACUCCUUUCCCUCACCGUGAGAACGUGGAAAUUCUCAAGCUUCCGACACGCCGUGGCACCGAGAUUGUGGCGGUUUAUGUUCGCCACCCCAUGGCUACUUCCACUCUGCUCUACUCUCAUGGCAACGCCGCCGAUCUGGGCCAGAUGUAUGAGCUCUUCAUCGAGCUCAGCAUCCACUUGCGUGUUAAUCUCAUGGGGUAUGACUAUUCUGGAUAUGGGCAAUCAUCAGGAAAGCCAAGUGAGCAGAAUACAUAUUCAGAUAUUGAGGCAGUAUACAAGUGUCUAGAAGAAAGUUAUGGUGCAAAGCAGGAAGAUGUAAUCCUUUAUGGACAAUCUGUUGGAAGUGGCCCAACUUUGGAUCUUGCAGCUAGGUUGCCUCAAUUAAGAGCUGUUGUUCUGCACAGUCCCAUACUUUCUGGCUUAAGGGUCAUGUAUCCCGUAAAGCGUACAUACUGGUUUGACAUAUAUAAGAAUAUUGACAAAAUUCCCCUAGUUAAUUGUCCUGUUCUCGUAAUUCAUGGUACUUCAGAUGAAGUUGUAGAUUGUUCCCAUGGUAAGCAACUCUGGGAACUGUGUAAAGAGAAGUAUGAACCCUUGUGGCUCAAAGGAGGCAACCACUGUGAUUUGGAGCUCUUUCCGGAGUACAUCAGGCAUCUGAAGAAGUUCAUAGCAACUGUCGAGAAGUCUCCAUCACAACGGUUCAGUUUCCGAAGGAGCACGGACCAAUACGAGCAGCCUCGGAAGAGCACAGAUGUUUUUGAAGUGAGUAGAAAGAGCACGGAUCGUAGAGAAAAGCCAAGGAAGAGCACAGAAAAGCUGAAGAGCUUGUCCAAUAGUAAUGGUAGUGACAUGUUAGAGAAAUUGAGAAUGUCCUUUGAUCAUAAGGAAAGGUCUCGGAGAAGCGUGGAUUGCCAUGAAAAGUCUCGAAAGAGCGUUGACCAUCAGUUAGAAAAAGGAAGGAAGAGCGUUGACCGGCUGGACAGAAUAAGGAGUGGAUGAUGCUUGUGUUAAUGAAAUUAUUAUAUUCAUGCAUGGGUUGGUUUUGUGGAUUCUUUUUCCAUUUUUCUUUUUUAUAGUGGUCUACUGGAUGUGUAGUAUGGCUUAUAAUCUUAUAUGAGAUAUGAUGACUAUUGGCAUUCAAGAAAGGGUUUGGUGUUACAGUGGGUGUCAUUUUUCAUUCAGAUGUGUUGGCCUCUCCCUGUCUCUGAGCAAGUCUUUACUCAGAAUCAGUUAUGGUACUCCCAAGCACUCACAGAAAUUUCUCUCCAUAUUAAUUUUAGAAUCAAUUAUAUAAGGAUUUCCAAA